UGAACAAUAUUGUCAAGGGAUGUCCAGCCCUCAACAGGGUUUACGAUUGCAGAAAGAAAAAGCAAUAUGUUUUGGAUCUAUUUUGACAACUCGAAAAUUAAACUUUCGGUGACAUCUCACCUUUAAUGGAGCCUUUUAAACUAAUUGUCUGUAUUAAUAACCAAGCAAGCUAUUUUUUCUCUCAUUCUCUUCCAAAUGAUUAUGAGUUUCUUCCACCUCCUCCUCCUCCUCACCAUUUAUCCGUGCUCAUAGUCUGAUCUGCAGCUCUUCAUGUGAAAAUGGAAAGCGAGAAUGGUUCCAAUUCGAGCAAACCUCGGUAUGACAUAACCAUGUCAAAGAGAACCAGAAAGCCAUCAAAUCUCAACACAAUCCUUCCAACAGAGAGUGAGAGUCCUGUGAAAGAUGUUCUGGAUGAAGAGGAUCGAGAGAGUAUUGAUCGAGAGAGCGAUCGUAAAAGCCUGGAGCAUCUGAUCAAGAGCAGAAGUUCACUUGGCGAGCACUUCACACAAGAAGAGACACAACAACAACAACAACUUCAACUUGUGAAGAAGAACCAAGAGGACAAAAAAGGCUUGAAACUCAGAGGAAUGGUCACUCACUGCACCAAAGUUUUGAGUCAUCUAAUCAAACUUAAGCGCGAUCCUGCACGUUUAGGUUCCCGAAAGAAGCCCAUUCUCCGCCUGCCAAGCUAGGCAUGACUAUGAGUAUGUAUCUAUCUAAUCAUUGUUUGGGGAGUUUUAUCUCCCCUGUGUAUAUCUAUGUGCAUGUUGAGCUGUGCUA